AUACAUAGUCCACAGAAAACAAAGCAGCAGUAAAAUAAAUCCGAUCGAAAAACCUCUAUCAAUUAGCAGUCGUGAAACGUAAAAGUGAACGCCACACAAAGACAACAUCGAUGAUUUUUCUUUUUUUUUUUUCUUCCCUUUUGUUUGUUGUUGCUAAAGCCACGCAGUGAUUUGUCGAAAUCUCAAAUCAGUCUUGUAACAUCGCGAGAUUUGACGAAACGGCCUGCCUGGAAAAUAUUUGUUGUUUUCGGGAUUCUCAGAUCAUCUCCUCUUUUAAACGCGACGCUACAGUAACAACCGGAGUUGAAUGGUCCGCUUGUGUAAUGUCGGUUUAAGGCGGAAAUUCUUGAAGGAGUCAUAUCCAUGGCACCAUGACUCCUCCAGCUCUGCCUCCAGGUUUCUGCUGCUGUCACAGGAAAAUCUGGUUGCAUUCGGCAGCAGGAGAAGAACACGUCGGUUUUGAAGUGCUUUCCAAGGAUCAUGUGGACGGAUGAGCAAAAAUGAAUAGAUACACAAACAUAAGACAGCUCGGAGACGGCACCUAUGGCUCAGUCAUUCUGGGCCGCAGUUUGGAGUCUGGAGAACUAGUUGCCAUAAAAAAAAUGAAAAGAAAGUUCUACUCCUGGGAAGAAUGCAUGAACCUUCGGGAAGUAAAGUCCCUGAAGAAACUGAACCAUGCUAAUGUCAUCAAACUUAAGGAGGUGAUUCGUGAAAACGACCACUUGUACUUUAUAUUUGAGUACAUGAAGGAAAAUCUUUAUCAGCUAAUGAAAGAUAGGACCCGGUUGUUUCCUGAAUCUGCUGUAAGAAAUAUUAUGUUUCAGAUCCUGCAGGGGCUAGCAUUCAUCCAUAAACACGGGUUUUUUCACAGAGACAUGAAACCGGAGAACCUUUUAUGCAUGGGUCCAGAGCUGGUGAAAAUAGCUGACUUUGGGCUUGCCCGUGAAAUCAGGUCUCGGCCCCCAUACACCGACUAUGUCUCAACCAGAUGGUACAGAGCUCCAGAAGUGCUCCUCAGAUCCACAUCCUACAGUUCACCUAUAGAUCAGUGGGCAGUCGGCUGCAUCAUGGCAGAGCUUUACACCCUCAGACCUCUUUUCCCAGGAUCCAGCGAGGUGGACACCAUAUUCAAGAUAUGCCAAGUACUGGGUACACCAAAGAAGACAGAUUGGCCAGAGGGAUAUCAGCUGGCCAGUGCCAUGAACUUCCGCUGGCCUCAGUGUGUUCCCAGUAACCUGAAGACUCUGAUCCCAAAUGCCAGCGCUGAAGCCAUCCAUCUAAUGACAGACUUUCUUCAGUGGGAUCCGAGGAAGAGACCAGCUUCUGCACAGGCUCUCAGGUAUUCAUAUUUUCACGUGGGUCAAGCUUUGGGCACUCCUCAGCAGAUCCUGGAGCAGGGGAGGCCUCAACCCAGCCUUCUGCAGCUACAGGGUCCUGUGCAGUCCCAGCAGAACCUCCAGCAGCAGCAGCCUCUGCUGUUGAAGCCUCUGCCACCCUCCCAGCGCCCUCCAAACCAGCACACUUCCCCCUCCAGACCUCUCCAUCAGAUCCAGCCCUCCCCUGUGCCAGCGACAACCCCGGCCGCCAUGUACCAGCGGCACACUGAUCUCGCUCGAGACCAACAGCAGCCAAAGCACAUCUUGAAGCAGGACCAAUCAGAGACAACCCCACAGAGACACCUUCCUUUCAUUGUUGACAACAGUCUGCAAAGCAAGCAAAUGAGACAGGAGCCAGAAAAUGAGAACCUACUAAGUUAUCAGCUAAAGCCUAAAGGAGGAGGGCGGCGGCGCUGGGGUCAGGGCGUAGGAAACCUUAAAGGAGAAGACUGGGACGACUAUGAUGAGAUCGAAGUAUCGUCUAUUCUCGGGAAAAACAACUUCUCCUCUGAGAAGACGUUGCAGGGAGAAGACGCUCUGAGCAGGUACGGAAAAGUUCUGGAUUUCAGUCGACCAAAUGGAAAAGAAGAAGCGCCGUUAAACUUGAACAAGACCGGACCCUAUCAGGAACCAUCGAGAACCGCCUCUGCUAAACAACACUACCUGAGACAGUCCAGAUUUUUACCUGGCAUCAGUACAAAGAAAAAUGUGGCCCAAAAUGCUAGUAAAGAACUUGCAGCAAACCAACUUUGGGGUAGCGGUGGUAUUCCAUUUGGAGGAACGCUUCCAAGCCGAGGAGCUUACGGGACAAACACAAUCCCUGGUGGAUACAUGCCAUCGUUUAGCAAGAAGGACAGCGGCUCUGCUGGCCACAGGGGGCGGCAGGGCGUUGCUGCGGAAACCACAGCAUCAAAUUAUGCAACAUGGAGGUCUGGUCGAAGUCACCUGAAUGCAUCUGUCAACAUGCCAACAGCCAACAAGAGCACACCUGGUCUGCUACCCCACCCUCCACUACAGACCAUUCACGGGAGAACAGACUGGUCAGCCAAAUACGGACACCGUUAGUGGCUUCUGGAGCUCUAAUCUAUGCCCUAAGAACUCUUUUCACAUCCAAAGAGUAGGCUUAGUUCUUUUUUAUUCUAAAUCUGUAAAUAAAUCUUACACAGCAAUAAAUUAUGUUUUUGUGUCAACCACAGACGUUGUGACUUGUGAGAUAUUUAAAGGCGUGGAUCAAUGCAGCCACCAAAAUGCGAGUCUGGACAUGUUUUACAGAGUCUUUCUACUGUAUAAUCCUAACUGUCCCGGAGAAGCUACACUCUCAGUUUUGUUCCCGAUUGUUGAAUGUUUAGUGUGUAUUCUUGAAGCUAUAUGCAUAUAAUAUUAUAAAAACUUUUACUGUGCUUUGUAUUUGUCAAUUUGCUGCUUUUUGUUUUUCUUAAAACAAUUUAACUUUUAUAUUAUACCUGCCUUGCCAAUAAUGUGUGUGUGUUAUUUUUCAUAAUGGAUGUGGCUACAUGUCUGUUUGAAGAUGAUUUUUUUUAAGCCUGUUACGCUCAUUUGUUAUUAUUGGACUUGUGGUGAUAUCAUUAACUUUAAAGGCUAUAAAGAGUUGCCUGAAGCAA